AUGUCCGCUGCGUCUCCCCGAUUCUGGGCCGGGCCCCUUCGUUACAUGCGCUGGGCAUCCCGUGAGAAGCCCGCCUACUUCUGGUCUGUUGUCAUCGGUGCCCUUGGCCCGGUUCAGCUGGCUCUCGUCCCCCCCGUCAGAAAGGCCCUCGGUGACUACAACGCGCCGCCCAUCCCCGUCACAUACCCUGUUCCCGCGGGACCCAGGAAGCAGCUGACUGGCUACGACGACGAAUGA